AUGCCGUUCUCGCACCACUCCCACUCGGGCCAGUUCUGCGCCGAUCACGCGCGAGACUCUCUCGACGAUGUGGUCCAAACGGCCAUGGCCAAACACAUGUCCGUCUUCGCCCUGACCGAGCACAUGCCCCGGCACGAGCAGGACCGGUACCCCGGCGAGACGAACACGAUCGAGAUGCACUUCGCCAACGAAGCGGCCUACGUCGCCGAGGCGCUGCGGCUGCGGCAGAAGUACAAGGACAAGAUAGACCUUCCUCUGGGGUUCGAGGGCGAAUGGAUCCGACCCGAGUCCGCGGACCUGAUCACGCGCAGUCUGAGCAGCCACCCGUACGACUUCUUCGUCGGCUCGGUGCACCACGUCCACACGAUCCCCAUCGACUACGACCACACCAUGUACCACGACGCGCGGGCAAAGGCCGGCGGCACGGACGAGAGGAUCUUUGAGGACUACUUCGACGCGCAGUUCGCCAUGCUGCAGGCCCUGCGGCCGCCCGUGGUCGGGCACUUUGACCUCAUCCGGUUGAAGAGCGAUGAUCCGAACCAGAGCUUCAAGCAGAUGCAGGGCGUGUGGGCGCGGGUAUCAAGGAACCUGGACUGCAUCGCUGGGUACGGGGGCAUCCUGGAGAUUAACUCGUCGGCAGUGAGGAAGGGCAUGGACGAGCCGUAUCCCCAGGGAGAGAUUUGUCAGGCUGCGCUGGAUAGGGGCAUCCGCUUUUGCCUGUCGGAUGACAGUCACGGCGUGGAUCAGAUCGCCCACAGUUACUCACGUGUCCUGGACUUUUUGAAGCAGGUUGGCAUUCCCGCUGUUACCUUUCUGAGCCAUCGGGAACCCGGCGAGGGACAAAGCCCCCUGCACGACGAUCGCUUCCAGACCCUGCAUGCCGAGCAGAUGAGCCUGCAGGAGCUUAGAGAACAUAGAUUUUGGGGUCAAUGA